GCUCAAUGCAAAGAAAAUGAUCAUCAGCAUCAGUGAGGAAAACGACAGGAACCCAGAGAACAUGGCAGCGGGGGAAUAUUUAAACCGCUGUCAAAGGAUCUCCAGACAGUAGUUUGGUUUGAAUGGUCUUGAAAAAGGUGAUGGAUUGAUUUCCGUAUGUGUCAAAGAUCUGGAGGACAAGAUCUCUGUCCUCAACAUGGAAAUCUCAGUAAAUCAAUCGGAAAAUGAAAGGACCGGGCAGGCAGGGUCCCUCGACCAUGUACCAAUGGGCAAAAUCCAUUGAUACCAGAGCAUGAGAUCAACAAGAUGGGUGCAGAGAAUGAGCGGACCCACCUGUUGUUUGUGAAAGCACUGGGCAGCAGGAGCUGCCUAGAUGGAGUCGUGCAGCUCAUGGGAUGCCACCCUCAGUACCUGGAGUCAUUCCUGAAAACCCAACACUACCUGCUGCAUAUGGAUGGACCCCUCCCUUUCCACUACCGACACUACAUCGCCAUCAUGGCGGCAGCCCGACACCAGUCCUCUUAUUUGGUGGAGGUUCACAUUAAUCAGUUUUUGCAGGUGGGUGGUGACCCACAGUGGCUGCAGGGGCUCGACUGUAUCCCUCAGAGACUGAGGAACCUGAAUGAGAUCAACAAGAUCCUGGCACAUAGGCCCUGGCUGAUCACCAAGCAACACAUCGAGAACUUGCUGAAAAUUGGAGAGCACUGUUGGUCACUGGCAGAGCUGGUACAUGGGGUUGUGCUGCUGGCUCAUUACCACUCGCUGGCGAGUUUUGUUUUUGGCUGUGGGAUAAGUGCUGAGGGAGGACACGAGGGUGGCCAUGUCUUAAGGCCAUCGUCGAUUAACAACCAGUGCUCUGGCGACACAACGAAUGGGAAUGGCAACAUCCCAGACCCCUCACUGGCACAUCGCAGGCGAAGGUCAGUGGAUUAUUCCAGUGAUUCCGAAUGUUUGGCAGACAGGAUGCAGAAAUUCCAGGCAGAGAAAGAGAAUGAAGAGGAGAUGCUGCGGGAAGAAAUAUGGAUUGGAUUGGAGACAGAAAAAGACACAAGUCCACCAACAGUGACCAGGGCUCUGGAAGAUAAACCUGUCACAAUACCUGACUUGUCCUGUUACGUGGAAGACCCUGAGUUUGGUUACCCUGAAUUUGCCAGAAGAAGUGGAGAGCAGCUGCCUGUUUUCCGAGCUCAGGACUAUUCCUGGGAAGACCAUGGGUUCUCACUCGUGAACCGGCUGUAUUCAGACAUUGGCCACCUCCUCGACGAGAAGUUCCGCACUGUGUACAGUCUGAAGAAUGGCACCAUGGCCAAACAGCGAGGCUGUGACUUCUCAGCACUCAAGAGGGGCAUUUGGAACUACAUACACUGCAUGUUUGGUAUUAGGUACGAUGAUUAUGAUUAUGGUGAGAUGAAUCUUUUCUUGGAGAAGAAUCUGAAGGUUUACUUGAAGACUGUGACUUGCUACCCAGAAAAAGCAAAGCCUCAGAUGUUUGAGAGGUACUGGAGGCAGUUUAAAUAUUCAGAAAAGGUUCGUGUGAAUCUGUUGAUCCUGGAAGCUCGGAUGCAGGCAGAGCUUCUCUAUGCACUGCAUGCAAUAACCCACUAUAUGAUCUCUUAAGAAGAUCAUAAAGAAGGAUCUCCUCACCUGCGGAGGACUUUUUUUAAAAAAAAAAAGACUGAACAUAAGCUUAAAGACUUGAACGUCUUCUUGGAUGGAGGCAUCGCAGGGCAGCUGGUACCAUGCCGCAGGGUCUGCGGCAGUUAAUGUGCAAUUAUUGACAGUGACACAAUCGAGCAUUGUGACUGUGUACAGAGAAUGAUGUAAUUUCACAAAAGUGUUUCAUGCCUCAACACCAAGUAUUCACUUGAGGAUUUUCAAUCUCUCAACAAGUUUCAGAAGUCAAAAGGCUAUCACAUCAGUGGUUUGCGUGAUUACCAUCAACGUACAGAAUAUUUUCAAGCCUUGAUGUUGGGACAGAUGAGCCCCCUUUUUUUUUGGAAAAGAAAGACUUAUUUUUGCUAUGAAUAGUAAUAACAGAUAAUAUGUUUGACACGUGUUGAGUCUGUUUCAUAUUGGAAUGGCGUUUCCAAAUCCUUGCCAUAUUACUUUUGGUUUUAUGACUUAUCCAAAGCCUGUGUGUGUGCGUGUGUGUGCGUGUGCGUGUGUGUGGGUGGGGGGAGGGGGGUGAUGGGGAGGGGUAGAGGUUAACUGUGCCAAUGAGCUGUGAAUUUUGUAAAUCUUGGGUGACUGAAUAAGGGAAGAGAGGAAGGACAGUGAGCCAAUGGGACUCAACAUUUCUUGAGCUUGCCCAAAAAGGCACUAAUGAAUCAUGUGAAUUUUCUUCCCUACCCUGGUCAGUGGUUAUAGAAGGAUGCACUGCCAUAAUGCGGUGUGCCAACUGAGCAUGGUUGACUUACCUAAUCCUACUGAACAUUCAAUGACAGGAUCCUCAUUAUGUUGGCCAAUAUAAAAAUGGGUUCAGAAGCCAAAUCUACACAGGCCAACAUUAACAAUUUAAGCUGUUGAUUAGUCUGGUGGCCUCCAACACUUCCAAUCUUUUGAGGCAGUUUUGGACUUCCUUACCUGAAGUUCUCUCAUACUAUUUGCAUGUGCAGUUGGUUCAUUGACAGCACUGCAUGUUUAUGCUUUUCUAGUUGGGAAACAAAAGCAUCUCUUAAGGUCUCAGACAGGUUCUUGAUAUUGGUAUGAGUAUGGAAGCUAUUGGAUUGGUCACCCUAACUUAACUGGAGUUGGAUCACUGUUGAACUGUAUUUUAUUUAAUUUUUUUUAACAUUCUAUCCAGUAACAGUGUUACAUUACAAGAAGUAGAACGAAAUGAGAAAUCAAAAAGUGUAUAUCACUAGUAAUUGACUUGUACAAUGAUUGCUGUAGCUGGUGCUCACUAUGCAUGUAAUGUGAUCCUUGCCACUACAAGCAACAGCAGGACAACCAUCAUUUUCCAUUUACUGUCAGACAGUGAAACAUGGGGAUGCCAGGAUCAUGUGGAAGUAGCCGCAAUAUCAAUCUGCAAUUGGUGGCUCCAGAUCAAGCCUGGUUUCUCUGCUUGUUACCACCAUGCAACCAACCACGCCCCUCCCCAACUUUUUUUUAAAAAAAAAAUUGCUGGUGCUGGUCUAUCAUUAGGUAUAACCAGUUUAAAAAUACUAAAAUAACACUUUUUUCUUCCUUUUUAGCGGUAUAAAUGUGACUGUAAAAAAAAAAAAUAUAUUGUAAAUGGACACCAUUUUGGAACAAAUGGUCCUGUGGCUGAUGAUGUGUGGAACAAGACAGUCUUGUUGUGGUCACGAUCUAGAUCAUCAUCUUCAUCGUGAUUAGAAUCCUUUUACAUGGUGUGUUCUAAUUGUGCAAUAUGUUUACGUGGGGACUAUGGUUUAGCGAUUGACUCUCGUUCCAAAAUGGAGUAGCAUUCAGUCAUCAAUCUCACAAGCCUCAUGUGCUUUUCUGUUCUUUUAAGGAUGUUCUUAGGAAUCCAAGAAUAAAGAAAAGUUCAGAGCAAUUGCAACAUAUCUGUCGCUGCUGUCAUUGUCUUUGAUGUAACCUGAGAGUUUCAAAGCUCUGCAGUAGCAUUUUAUUUGCACCAAAAUAAAAAGAAACUUUUUUAAACUGUGA